AUGGGAGAUAAGGACGUGCAAAAUAGUGAAUUAUACAAAGAAGUCAAUCUGUUGUAUAUUAAUGAUGGAUCCGCUUUCGUUUUGUAUGCUGUCCCUUUCCUACCCCUUCAAACCUUGUGCCCGGUGAAGGGACAGAAUGGAGCAGAGCUUUCUGCAGGGGAUUGUAACUAUAAAUACUCGUUGGAGAGAGUUGCAGAA